UACCCGGAUGUGAAGCGGCGUUUUGGUGCCUUCCUUUUUUGCUCUCGGCUGCGAUGAGGCGCCGGUCGGGUGACAUGAGGAGCCUGCGCGAGUGACUCGGGGCAGCGACGAGGGCCACGCGCCAAAAGUGGUUAUUGGCUGGGCGCGGGGGGGGGGGGUGCAAGCGGCUCAGUCUCCGGAGGACCUUCCCCCGGAGGGGAGAUAUGUACUACUCUCUGUGGAUGAAAAUUGAUGAGGAAUGUAUUUGACAAAGAUUGAGAUUUUCACUCAUAACACAGUACCUAAAUGGCAGCACAGAAAAGAAAAUCUGUGCUAGUAGAACCCCCUGCUAAGCAAAGGAAACUGGAUAAGAAUAGUAAAUUGGUCUCAGCUAACAAAGAAAGAAAGUUGCUUGAUGCCAAACAUCUAUCAAAUAAAAAAGAAACAUUGAAGAAAGAGGUGAACAAAAGCUCUACCAAAACAAACAGGUCUGCUACAAAUAAAUCCAUAAAGAGGUCAUCUGUUCAGUCUGUACACUCCAAACAAGCACAGAAAUGCUCCAAACAGGCUUCAAAUGAAUUAACAAAAAAAUCCUGCACGUCAGUGUGUGUGAAAAGAACAUCUUUAAAGUCUUCAGCUAGAUCUACAAAAACAUCUGUGAAAUCUUCCAAAAUCAACCAUGCUAGCUAUUUGGGCUCCACAAAGACUUCUUCCAAGACAAGUUCUGGAGGGAAAGGAAAAACCAAUGCCAUCAAAAGUAAGACCUCCAUAGAAAGCAGGAAGCAAAAAUUGAAGUCAUCUACAGGUGUUAAGAAGUGUUCCUCUAAACUUCUAGGUAGUAGGCGUUCAGCAAUGCCUACUGGAACUUCUCUUAAGAAUCUGAAUUCCAGAACAGAAUUGGUGAAGAAAAAUUCUAAGAAAGAAAGAACUACUAAAACUGAUAAAUUUCUGAGAAAUGGCAAUGUUAACUUAGAAGUUCAAAAAAAUACUCUUACAAAAAACUCUGAUUCACAGAAUACUGUAUGGACACGGGCUAAAACUAAAAAUUACAAAAAACCUUGUGAAUCUGAUGGAAUGCAGAGAAAUACAAGGUCAACAGGUAGUAAUUCUAACCAAAGUUCUGUGAAAAUUAAACAAGAAAGGUUACUAGAUUUCAGAAAAACAAAAGCAGCAUCGCUGGAAGCUAUGCAGGACCUUCCAAAGUUGCAACACUCUGUUACGUGUGAUGAACAUCUAACUAGAAGAUCAUUGAGACUGCAGAAGUCAUCUGAUGUGCCUAAAAUAUCCUUACGGAGCAGAAAAAUCAAAGGAAAUGCUUCUGCUGUGAAACAGGACUCCCUAAUGAAAAGACAACUUUCUCAUAUUAAAAAUGAAAAGCGAAAGUCUGUAAAACAGAACAUGGAACAAAAUCCUAUGAAAUAUGAUGAAUGUAAAUAUAAAAAGAAAAAAACAUUAAAUUUAGAGAAAAUGAAUUCUUUGAAAGAAAAACAGUAUGAAGCGGAUCCUAAACUUACUGAUUUGGUUACUUCUCAAGAUAAACUUGGAGAAUCAAACAGUAAUCUCGACAGCAGUUUUCAGGAAUCUGUGAAUGAACCUGUCAAUGCAGUUUCGUGCUCUGUGAAAUCAACUGGCAGUGGAAUAAGUAAGGAAAAAGAGUUGAUUCACAAAAAUGGGGGGAAAAGUGUAAAAACGAAGAGAAUUGUGCUGGAACCUCCGAGUUCAAAACCUGCUGAUCAAUCAGAAGAUCUGAUGAAGUCUAGAAAGAUCAGUAUUCUUGAGCUGUGUGAAGAAAUUGCAGGUGAGAUUGAGUCAGACACAGUGGAAGUAAAAAAAGAUUCUAACACUGAGCGUGGAAAAGAAGAAAAAGAUACAGUAGUAGAGUUGGCACAGGCUGCAAUUCUUCCUGAAGAGGAAAUUAAUCAGAACUUUCAAUGCAAGCGUUUUUUCCCAAGCAAGAAAGGAAUGCCUGUCAAAUGCAUUGUUAAUGGCCGACAUAGCACUACAAACAAGAACUCUAAGUGGACCAAAAUAAAAUUGACAAAGUCUAAUCAUGUGAACCAAAGUAUCCCAAAUUCCCCUUGUAUCCCAAAACUCGAUUUAUUAAAAUUCAGUGUUCCAGAGGGUGGUCAAGAAACUGCUCUGGAAACGCACCUACCUGAAGUCCAGAGGAAACUGAUACAAUCAUUCCAGGUUGGUAACUCAUCAUGUGAGCAGAAGGGUGCAGUUUGUUUUGAAGGACUCCAGGCUAAAGAGGCAAUGUCAUGUCCUGAUCCUGAACAGCUCACUGUACAAACUACCAAAAAUGGUCUAUCAGAGGCAAAGCAAAUGCCAGAGCCAACUCCGGAUGAGAGCUUUAACUUACACUUGGACACAAGUCCAGAAAGUACACCAGUGAAAAUCACCACCAACAGUGAAUCGGCACCACCACCAGCAAAACAAUCAAAAAAAGAUAUUGUAGAAAUCAAACCUCAAGUUCCAGCUCCCAAACAGUUGGUUCGGACUCUGUUCACAAAUAAAACCUCUGAGGCAGCUGAGAGCAGGACAUGUUUGGCAAAGACAUCGAUGUCAAAAUGUGAUGCUUUCUUUUCAUCUGAAGAAAAUAUUCAAAAACUAAGGGAAGCAGCAAAAGACAGUGAUAAGCAGCUAAUCAUAGAUGCAGGGCAGAAAAGGUUUGGAGCCAUUUCCUGCAAUAUUUGUGGAAUGCUUUAUACUGCUUCAAAUCCCGAGGAUGAAGCACAACAUCUUCUCUUCCACAAUCAGUUUAUAAGUGCUGUCAAGUAUGUGGGCUGGAAAAAAGAGAGGAUUUUGGCCGAGUAUCCUGAUGGCAAGAUGAUAAUGGUGCUUCCUGAUGAUCCAAAGUAUGCACUGAGAAAGGUUGAUGAGAUCAGAGAGAUGGUAGAUAAUGAUCUUGGAUUUCAGCAAGCUCCUCUUACAUGUUCCAGAGCAAAGACACUCUUAUUUAUUUCAAAUGAUAAAAAAGUAGCUGGCUGCUUAAUUGCAGAGCAUAUUCAAUGGGGUUAUAGAGUUAUAGAAGAAAAGAUUCCAGAAGCUGGUUCUGAAAACGAGAAGGUCAUCUUUGAAAGACAGAAAGCUUGGUGCUGCUCAACAUCUCCUGAGCCUGCUCUAUGUGGCAUUAGUCGCAUCUGGGUGUUUAGCAUGAUGCGAAGGAAGAAAAUAGCUUCUCGGAUGUUAGAAUGCCUUAGGAGUAACUUUAUAUAUGGUUCAUAUUUGAGUAAAGAAGAAAUUGCUUUUUCUGAUCCUACUCCUGAUGGGAAACUCUUUGCAACACAAUACUGUGGUACUAGUCAAUUCCUGGUGUACAAUUUUCUCAGUGGACAACAACCUGCUUGAAAUGCAAAGCUUUAUAGCAAACAGUAAUGAGAAACUGGUGUCAAAAUUAAUUAUCUGGCUUGCAGAUUUUGACCAAGAGAAUGGGACAGUUUUAUUAGCAGUGAACUCAGGACUAGUAACAACCGAAAGGUUGUACUUUGUAUUUUAUUAAAAGUGUAAACAUUACAGAAAUUAGGAUAAUUUUUAAAAGAUAUUUUUAUAAACAUUUUAUGUAUUACCUAGUUUAGUCAUGUUUACAUGCAGCAGAAUUGUUCAUAGUGGACUGUCAACUAGUGCAGGAGCUGUGGUCGCCUUAAAGUAUAUUUUGAAGUUCACAGUGCAGCAAUAUACCAAGGCAGUGAAUGUUGCUCUUGAUGACAAUGUGUAUAAUGGUGAAAGCAUCAAAUGUUCAAGGGCUUGUACAUCAAUAAACGUAUUCUACAGCAAGACACUAUUUAAGUUUCAAUAAUUACUCUGAACUUUGUUCAGGAAGAACUAGUUCAGCCUUUAUGAACUACAAAAUAAUUUCUCUGGCUUCAGCAACAGUACACUGGUAUGGAUCUUCAUUAGUGGACUUCAUUUUGAUACUUUAAUCUGAAACUCUCCACUUUCAGAGGGAGCAUAUGUUGAAAAACUACUGUGGCCUUCUUUGACCUGUAUAUAAUGUAGAUGAAAUGAAGUAUUUGAUAACUUUUAAAUGAUGUUCUAGUACUAAAUGCAUUUAAGCAUUUCCUUUGAUAUGGUUG